AUGUCCGAGCAAGACAACGCACCAAUAUUAAAAGCUUCCGAUUUGGCGGAAGAUAUACAAUUGAAGAUAUUCGAGCUAGCCGAUCAAGCUAUACAAAACUACAAACUUGAAAAGGAUAUUGCUGCAUUUUUAAAGAAGGAGCUAGAUCAAGUCUAUGGUCCAACCUGGCAUGUGAUAGUCGGGAAAAGUUUUGGAAGCUAUGUCACCCAUGAACAAGGUUAUUUCGUCUAUUUCUACAUUGGAGAGUUGGCAUUCCUAGUAUUCAAAAGUGGAUAA